GCUGAUCUCACGGCACUCGCAGUUGGGCGCGCAUUUUGGCGAGAGACAGUGCCAAAUAUUAAACAGUAACUCACGCCCUCAGCCAUUAGCAGUAGCUUUGAGGGGGGUUUGGGGUGUUUGUCACGACACUUUUUGCUCACACUUAUCUCUUUGUGGGUAUGUGUGUUGGUAGCUAAUACUCGUACUUGUCUAGUGUUAUCGGUUCCGCAUUGUGAGCGUUGUACCGUACCGUCUUCCUCACUAGGUUCGGAGCAACGGCAAACUGUGCGGCUGCAAAGAGAUUUCAGUUAACGUAGAUAUUUCGAGACAUAACGACCGUAGAACGCGACGGCAGAACGCGUUUUAAACGAAGAAUAAAAAUAAAAUUUUUAAAAUAGUUAAAAAAAAAUAAAAAUACUGCAAAGCAUUGACUGUCGAAUUGAUCUCAAGAAAGUGUAGACAGAAAAUAUUUGAAAUGUAAAGCUUGUUUUUAAGUUAUUAAAGACGUGUAAAAAUAUGAAUUGUGAAUAAAGAAUAAAUGCAAAAGAACUGAGACUUUGUGAUUUGCAUAAAAAGCGCUUGUGAUAAAAAGAAAAACAAAAAACCAUACGUACUACGAACAAACCUCCUGCCUAAUAAAAAGACUUGAAAAGAAAGCAAAAAUAAAACCGAACUUUUAUACCCAAAACACCAACACAAUAAUUAGCCAUGGAUAUUGAUUACCUCGCAUACUGGGAGACCUUCCGUGUCUACUUCCCCUACCUCUUCUACAGUUUCGUCUUCCUCACGCUCAUCCCAAAAUCCCUACGUCGCAUAAAAACUUUCGCCGACGCCGACUACGAAGCGAAUCGUCACAAAUACCAUCGCUGCUAUGCGCCGGACAUUUGUUGUCACACGUUUGGCGAAGCCGCGCCAAAGCCGAAACCGCGCAAAGCUGUAACACGCGUCUACCCGAAACGACACAGCACCGCAGGUACCACCGAAGCAUACUAUGCUAAACAGGACGUGGCGCCGACGACGAAUGCAGGCAAUCACAUCAAACGACAGGUAGAACCUGCGUCCAUACAGACCAACACGCAUGUCAAUCAAAUUGCGAAAAUGUUCGAGAAUGUGCCCACAGUGACGGUGUCACCCGCCUUGCUGGGCAAGAAAAUCAAUCGCGUAACACCGACCAUUCAGUCCCCGGAUGAAGAAGAAACGACACAUGCGUCUGCGCCGAAGUCGACAUUCAGUGCAUCGCGCCUUUCACAGCUCCUCACACAGGAGCAGCUGGAGAGCUCGCUGAGUUUGUUGCAAGAGACAAACACGGACGAAGAGCAGAAUUGCUGGCGCGAUUCACCGCCACGACGCACACACCGACGCGCCGAGCCGCCCACUUCGUUGCAUUACAACGGCGCUGGCACAUCUACAACACCAUCGACUAUCUCGCCAGCCGCUUCGUCACCACCAUCCGACUCGCCUCCACUAUCCGCCUCGCCGCUCAACGCCUCAUCGCCGGUGCUCUUCCGUCCACAAUUGAGCAUGAAAUCCAGUUUGGAGGACAUUUUCGCCGCCAUCGCACGCAAUGCCGAGAAAAGUGAGAAUUUCAUUUAUGCCGGCUGCCAGUCGCUGUCGCCCGUCACCUCCAUCGAUGACAUACUAUCGCAGCGUCGCCUAUCGCGUCCGCUCUCCGCAUACUCGAUCAGUGAUCUGUUGAGUGAGGAAAGCAGCGCCAUGGAUGAGGCGCGUGUGGAGAACUUUCUGACGGUGCUCAAUAAGACUUGAAGAGGCGCUGGAGCUAGUGGAGCGGAGUUGUUAGCAUAUAAAUAUAUUUGGUAUAUAUAAUAUAUGUGUCUGUUUGUCUGUGUGUCAUCUAGAGUUAUAUUUAGCGCGGUUGGGGCUGUGAAGUAGUUUAUGAAAUCAAGGAUGGGUGCGUACUUCUAGUUAGCAUGUAUGUGUGGGUGCGUGUUAGCCUUAAGAUAUAUAGCAUUGUAAAAGUUGACAGCCAAGCGCUUACAGUAGUCGCAGUGAAAUGUCAAAGUGCCAUGAAAACAACAACAAUAACAAAAAUAAAAAAACAACAUAAGUUCCCUCGACUCCAACGCAGACUCACUUAGAGAUUUGUGUGCAGCCAGUGCGCGCCUUGCCGACAACCGCUCCAGCGAGCAGCUGCAACUGCAGCUGUUCCAGCGAUGAGUCAGACCCCCAGUCAAAGCGGCACGUCAGUCAGUCACAAGUCAGCGUUAAGUUUUGCGGAAUUCAGAAAGAUAAAGAGUAACAAAUGGAAAAUUAUUUUUAUUUUUCCGUAAUAUUUAUCUAUAGAGUUGUUGUUUUUGUUUUUGUAGUAUAAUGUGUGUUGUAGUUGGAAAGCAUCAAUGAAAACGAGUAACAACAACAAAAAACUGUGAAUAUCCAAUUAAUUUUUAUGACUUGAUUAUUGUGUAACUCUUACGUAGCGCGCAUAAAUUGUAAUUGUUUAUUACUCACACUGCAGUUACAUAAGUAUUUAAACGAGUACAGUUAUGUGUUUCUUAUGUAUGUAUGUAGAUGCAAAUAUGACAUAUACACAUAUUUACUUAUUUCAAUUACUAAACGGUUCAUUUAAAAUCACAAAAACAAAAAGCAAAAAAGCAACAACAAAUUAACCGUUAUUUACUAGCUAGCUACUAAGCCAGCCAGCCAAUAAAUGCAGGAAGCAAGUCUUUUGCUUAAGUCUUAAGUCUCAAGUCUUAUCUAACUAUAAUCAACUGUCAACUUAAAGCAUUAAGCUCAAAUCUAAUUAAUGUCUGGUUGUCAUUACACUUUUACUCUCUCAUUUAAUGGAAGCAAAGCGCGCAGAUAAGUGCCGUUGCAUUUGUGCAAUGGCCGGUGAAUUUCAAUUUAAAUAUAUAUGUAUGCUAAAUUAAAAUUGUAUUUUAUGUUAAUGUAUUGCGUAUGUACUGUACUUAUUAUGUAAUAUUUAUAUGAAUUAUAUAGUAUACAAAUAUGUAUGUAUGUAAGUUAAGCGCAUUACUAACUGUUUACAUAUACAUACAUAUAUAAAACUGAUGAUAGCGAUUACAUAGCGCUUGUCACGCCUCUAUAUUGCUAGUAAUCAUACCUAUGUACAUAUGUAUGUAUGUAUAGUAUAUUUGAAUUAAACGAAAUUUGAAUGCCAGUAUCUCACGAACGACUAAAAUGUAGAACAUUAACGAUUGUUUAUAAUAAUUUUAUUAAUUUUUUUUUAAGUAUGAGUAUUAACAAUUUUAUGAAAUAAUGUGUAAAUAAAUAAACGAACUUAUGCUAUUUUUAGCAAAU